AUGAAAUUAGAGGCCACUUCAGGGUUUGGAAAGUUUGAUGUGAAACCCAGGUCUGCAAAGUCUGUGCUGGUCUGGAGUGAAAGCUUCCGGAUCAGGUUUAACUUGUCCCUUUAGUGCCUUUGCAGAGCCUUCCUGAUGACGAUUCUGCAGCUGCUGCUUGAGCUCUCCCUCCUUGGGUCCGCCUGGAUGCCCCUAGCUUGCCUAGACUCGCUGUUGGCAACUGAGGUCAGUCCUCAGAUCCCGGAUAAUGGGAGUGCACCUCUGCUCGUUGACGUGCAUGUGUUUGUCUCCAAUGUCUUCGAUGUGAACAUCUUGCAGUACACAGUGUCCUCCGCGCUGCUAUUGAGACUGUCGUGGUUCGACCCUCAUCUGUCGUGGCAUGAGAGUACAGACCCACGGAGUUCCAUCACCUUGCCCUCAAAUUUGCUGUGGACCCCUGACCUCACCAUUCGCGAAGGCCUCUCCGUAGAAUGGAGGGAGCACAAUCCACGGGCGCGGGUAAGCAGAAAGGGUUUUGUGGAGCUCUACACCGCGGUCACCACCAAGACGAACUGCGACUUUGAACUUCUCCGCUUCCCCAGUGAUAAAAGUGACUGCAACCUCAGUUUCUAUGCUUUCAGCAACACAGUUGAAGAGUUGGCAUUUCAUCCCCAUGCAGUGAAUGAGAUUGUGAGCGUGAAACGGGAAUAUAUGGUUCGAGGUUUAAAAGCCCAGGUCCCAGACCAGCAGUUGGUACCUUGCUUCCAGGUGACGCUAAGCCUAGAGAACACGGCUAUAAAGACAACAAUGGCCUUGGUGGUACCAGGGGUGGCAAUACUCCUGGCAGAUAUAUGCGGCAGCCUCCUGCCUCUGAAGGCUACUGAGCGUAUCUCUUACAAGGUGACGCUGCUGCUUGGCUACCUCGUCUUCCAUUCAUCUUUGGUGCAGGCCCUUCCCAGCUCUUCCUCCUGUAAUCCUCUCCUGAUUUCCUACUUCACAGUGCUACUGAUACUACUCUCCCUCAGCACCAUGGAGACCGUGCUGAUGUCUGGCUUGCUGGCUCGAGGCAACUUCAGCCCAAAGAGCAGGCCAAACCCAGUUCCAAGAGAAGUGUUAGACACUGCCAACCCAAAGCCCAGAUCUGAAGGGGAGGGUGUUGUCAUAUGAAGGGCAGCUCCCAUUCUUGUUUCUCCCACAGAGUCCCAAAGGAGAGUUGAGGGGCCAAGGAAGACUUGGGUUGAGGCUAUGGACCAUAUCUUCUUGCUGAUGUAUGCAGCCAUCAUCGGAUGCAGUCAAAUAAUCUUUGUCAUAGUUUGGGUCUGGUGGGAAUGCAAGUCUGACCCACCUCCUGCUACAGAUAUUCCCCAUGGGGGAAAACCUAAGAUCUAAAGGGCUAACACUAGAAAUUGGAUUCAAGAUUCUCAAGAACUAAGAGUCCAAACAAAUAAGAGCUUGGUUUUCCAAAUCUGAGGUCAAGGUUAUAUGACGUCAGCUCUCUCACUCACUAGUCAGGGCCCCUUCCCUCUGUCAGCAUGCAAAUACUAGAGAAAUAAACCUUUCUGUUGAGACUGCAUGUAGCUCCAUGCUCUUGUGACUGUUCUCUUCAGGGCAGGCUUGGAUACCCCACAGACCUCCGUAGCUUUUCUUCUGCCCAUUUCUCUGUGAGCCCUGGACCACAUCUAGCUAGAGUAUCUAAGUAGGCUGAAAAGGAGCAUCUGACUCAAGGUGGCAGGACUAAACAACUUAUCACAUGUUGGGGAUAAGUCAUACAUUUCUGUUCCAGCCUUCCCUCUUCACA